CAAGAGUUUAUCAUUAAAACAUUCAUCUCAUAUCACUCACUCACUCAUCCAAGUGUCACUUUGUCAAACACAUCACAAUGGCCCCCCAAGAACUCACAGGCAUCCUAGUCGCCCUCAUAACCCCCUUCAAACCCGACGGCACAGUCGAUCUCCCCGCCCUCGACGCCCACAUCCAGCGUCAAAUCUCCGCCGGCGUGCACGGCCUAGUCCCCGGCGGCAGCACCGGUGAAUUCACAGCUCUCACCCUGCAAGAGCGCAAAGAUGUUCUCGACCAAUGCGUCAAGUCAGCUGCUGGUCGUGUCCCCGUCGUCGCUGGCAUCGGCGACCUGACUACCUCCGGUGUUGUAGAGCUCGCUAAGCACGCUGCUGAUGUUGGAGCCGCUGCUACUAUGAUUGUGCCGCCGUUCUAUGAUGCGCCAAACUUGAAGCAGUUGAGGGAGAUGUUUGGUGAGAUUUACAAGGAGAGCGGAUUGCCGAUUAUGUACUACAACAUUCCCAGUGCGAGCGGUGUAAGCUUGUCACCUGCGGAGAUCGCUGGUCUUUCAGAUGUUGGCGUCAAGUAUCUUAAGGAUACUUCUGGAAAUGCCCCCGCUCUUACAGAUCUUCUCUUCCACCAUCACAACGACAUCACCGCCCUCAACGGCUGGGACACAUUGACUUUCUACGGUCUCUGCGCCGGUGCCAAGGGAUCAGUCUGGGGAACCACCAAUGUCCUUCCUGAGCUUUCAGUGCAGCUUUGGAACGCUAUCGCUGUUGAUGGCGAUCUGAAGAAGGGACGUGAGCUUUGGUCCAAGAUCUUCCCUGUGUGCAAGUUUUUGGAGGCGCAUCAUUAUGGUGCUGGUAUCAAGACUGGCAUGGAGUUGCAGGGUUGGAAGACGGGAGGUCUGCGAAAGCCGUUUGCUCUUUUGGAGGAUGAUGAGAGGGCUGAGCUUGCGCAGCUUCUGAAGGAUGCUGGUGUCAAGCUGGCUUAA